CGGAGACUCCACCAGCCAAUCAGACCGCUCUCGUAUUAAGCUAGCGCGAGGCUGUGUACAGUGCUUAAGAGUGCGGCGAGGCUCAGCGCUAUCAUACAGGCAAACAAUACAGAAAACACUAUCAAAAUGGCAAAGGGAGACCCUAAGAAGCCCAAAGGCAAGAUGUCUGCCUAUGCUUACUUUGUGCAAACCUGCCGUGAGGAGCACAAGAAGAAAAGCCCUGAAGUUCCUGUAAACUUUUCAGAGUUCUCCAAGAAGUGCUCUGUGAGAUGGAAGACCAUGUCCAGCACUGAGAAGUCCAAGUUUGAUGACCUGGCAAAACAAGAUAAGACACGAUACGAUAAUGAGAUGAGAGACUACCAGCCAGGGGGAAAGGGUGGCAAGAGAAAGAAGGACCCCAACGCACCCAAGAGACCGCCAUCUGGUUUCUUCCUCUUCUGCUCAGAGCAGCGUCCUAAAAUCAAGGUUACCAACCCAGGCCUCACCAUUGGGGAUGUGGCCAAGAAGCUUGGUGAGAUGUGGAACAACCUGACUGAAGCCACAAAAAAGCCCUAUGUGAUCAAGGCAGGCAAGCUAAAGGAAAAAUAUGAGAAGGACGUUGCAGAGUACAAGUCCAAAGGAAAGGUUGACUCUGCCAAGCCGGCUGCAAAGGCAGCCCCCAAGAAGAGAGUAGAAGAGGACGAUGAUGAUGACGAUGAUGACGAGGAAGAUGAAGAGGAGGACGAAGAGGAUGACGAUGAAGAUGAUGAAUAAAUUAAGCCAUUUUAUUUCUUUAUUUCUUUUCAGCAUGAUUACUAUAGGGUAGGGAAAACACACAUUGCAUUGUUGGUCCCCCUCUCCCCAUCCUUCCUUUGUGGACUCAGUACUGUCUAAGUUUAAGCAGAUUUAGUUGCAGCCAAGUCUGACGGUUGUGAAAAAGCUGCAACAGUUUUGAAACUUUAAAAUUCAACUGCUUUGUAUAUUAACGGUUUAAAAAAAACCAAAAAAAAACAAAAAAAAAAAACACCCCGUUAAUUCAGUUGUGUGUUUUGUAUAUGUCAACACUCAAUCUCAAGUGUUCUCCUUGCUCUAUGUAUUAUGUUGGUUGUGUAACAGAAAGCAUUUAAACAAUUUCUAGCAUUGCUUUUUAUUUCUUUCUUUUUGUAAGGUGGUGUGUAACUGUAUAUGGUUAUUGACUUAGAUUAUCUUGGGUUUUAAAUUGUACAGAGAUCUAGUUUGUAAGAGACUUGUAUCAAUAUUGUGGUGCUUGCUUUAAGCUUUUGCGCUUCUUCACGGCUGCUUCCCAGUGGCGAAGGAGCAACAAUAGCUUUUGGUGUACACUGUAAAUGAGGCCAGUGUCUACACUACAUUGGGGUAUCUCUAGCGUAAAAGUUGUCUUUCUGUAUAUAGUGAACUAGCAUUCUGCAGCAAUUCAGUACAGGAAGGGUGCGAAAUAGCAUGAAAUAUUUAUGUGGAUUUUUUUUUUUUUUUUUUUUCCUUUUAAGUGCAGUUUUUAAACGGGUGUUGUAGGAUAAUCCACUUUUUUUUGAAGUGGGGAGUGAGUGCAGCAGUUGAUGUUACAAAUCCUGUACUUAAAAGACUUUGCAACUAAGGUAUAAUUUCAUUUUUGUAUGUUUAGAAUGCUAAGUUUUUGAAGUUAAUAAAACAGUAUUACAUUUUUUUUA